AUGAAGCGCAAACUGGAUGCAAAUGAUGUCCCGUCACCCGAAACUGCGGGUGUCGAAGACCAGGAGCCUGACUUUGAGGCUUUGGGCCUGGAUCCCCGACUGCGUCAAGCCUUGAUUAAGGAAAAGUUCACCAAGCCGACUCUCGUACAAGCCAAGGCAAUUCCUCUGGCCCUCGAGGGCAAAGAUAUUCUGGCUCGUGCGAAGACUGGCUCUGGAAAGACUGCCGCCUACGUUCUCCCGGUUUUGCAAUCCAUUCUCCAACAAAAAUCUGCCGAUCCCUCGUCGAAAGCCACCACCGGCCUUAUCCUCGUCCCCACCCGCGAGCUGGCAGAGCAAGUCCAGAAAGUCGUCACAUCUUUCACUUCGUUCUGCGGAAAGGAUGUUCGCUCCAUCAACCUAACACAGAAAGUCUCCGAUGAUGUGCAGCGUACGAUGCUCGCUGAUUUCCCCGAUCUGGUCAUCUCAACCCCGACUCGCGUCCUGGCGAAUGUCAACAAUUCCGCUCUGUCGCUCGAGAAACUCUCUUACCUGGUAAUCGACGAGGCUGAUUUGGUCCUGUCCUACGGUUACGAUGAGGAUAUCAACCUUCUUGCCAAGGCUAUCCCGCGUGGUGUGCAGACAUUCCUGAUGAGUGCCACUCUCACCUCGGAGGUGGAUACUUUGAAGAGUCUGUUUUGCCGCAGCCCGGUAAUCCUGAAGCUGGAAGAUAAGGAGGAGAAGGGCGCUGGUGUUAGCCAGUUUGUUGUCAAGUGCGCGGAGGAUGAGAAGUUCCUUCUUACAUAUGUUAUUUUCAAGCUCCAACUUGUCAAGGGCAAAGUCAUCAUCUUCGUCGGCGAUGUUGACCGUUGUUACCGCGUGAAGCUUUUCCUCGAACAAUUCGGUAUCAAGAGCUGUGUCCUCAACUCAGAGCUUCCCAUCAACUCCCGUCUGCACGUUGUCGAGGAAUUCAACAAGGGUGUUUACGACAUUAUCAUCGCAGCCGAUGACCAGGAAGUCAUGGGUGUGCCCAAGCCAGUCAAGAAGUCCCCGGAGGCAAUUGAAGACGGAGCGGAAGAGAAGGAGGAAAUCGGUUCCAGUGAAGAUGAGGAGGUGCCCGAAGAAGAAAAAGGCAAGCAAAAGUCGAAGCGCCGCAAGAUGACCAGCAAGGAAAAGGACUACAGUGUUGCGCGCGGUAUCGACUUCCAGAACGUCGCCUGCGUCCUCAACUUUGACCUCCCAACCACUUCAAAAUCAUACACCCACCGCAUCGGUCGUACCGGCCGCGCUGGCAAGGCCGGCAUGGCCCUUUCAUUCGUGGUACCCGCCGAACAGUACGGCAAGCACAAGCCCACAUCAGUGUCUUCAUCCAAAAAGGACGAGACCGUCCUUGCUAAGAUCGUUAAGCGUCAAGGCAAGCUCGGCCACGAAGUCCGUCCCUACCACUUCGAGAUGCAACAAGUUGAUGCAUUCCGCUACCGUAUGACCGAUGCUCUGCGCGCCGUCACCCGAUUGGCGGUCCAAGAGGCUCGUGCUCGUGAGAUUCGACAGGAGCUGAUCAAGAGUGAGAAGUUGAAGCGCCAUUUCGAGGAUAACCCCGAUGAGCUGCGACAAUUGCGACACGAUGGAGAACUGCGGGCAGCGCGUGUGCAGCCCCAUCUGAAGCACGUACCCGAUUACCUGAUGCCUACUAAGGGGCGGAAGGGUAUCUCGAAUGAAGAUGUGGGUUAUGUUGGAUUCAAAAAGGCUGGCAAUGAGAACCGCAUUCGCAAGGCGAGAGAUCGUAAUCGUGCCAGUGGAAAGGGCAAGGGAAAGAAGGCUGGUGGCAAGGUUGAUCCUCUCAAGACAUUUAAUAGGCGGAAGUAG